AUGUCCAGAGGCGGGAAAUUGAAAAUGACCUUCGAUUUACCCAAAAUUCAACAAACGCAUGUAGCAAAGAAAUUCCAGGGCGCCACCGACUUCUUCGCAAACCUCGAGGCUGAAGAGGAUGACCAAGCGGAUACACCUCAAGGCCUGCGUACAAAAUUACUUCCGCACCAGAAGCGGGCUUUGGCGUUCAUGCUCAGGCGAGAAGGCGGGUGGAUCUACGAUGGAUCCCGGCGAGAUCUUUGGACGAUGAAUCAGGACAUUCUCGGCCAAACGUUCACCAACAACAUCACUGGGCAUCUGCAUAAGGAUCCACCUCCUGACUUUCGAGGUGGUCUCUUGGCAGAUGAGAUGGGGCUCGGCAAGACGUUGAGCACAAUAGCGUUGAUUGUGUCGGACAAAGAUCCCAGGAUGCAAAGCGCCCCCUGCUCCAUUACCUCUGCGCACAAUCAAGAAUGGUCCAGAAAUGCUACACUCGUAAUUGUGCCCUCUUCAUUGCUUCAAGUCUGGAACACACAACUCGAACAGCACACAUAUCCCGGUCGAGUGCAAUGGGUCAUCUACCAUGGCCCCCGGCGCCUCACCGCACUGUGUCAAGCCAGUCAGCCUGACAUAGUCAUCACGACCUUCCAAACUCUCGCAUCAGAAUAUGGGCAUGGAAAGAGCCAAAGUUCUCCAAUCUUCACUACACACUGGAAGAGGAUUGUGCUUGAUGAAGCUCAUAUCAUUAGGGAGCGCAUCACGAUGACAGCAAAAGCAAUCCGCGCCCUGAGUGCCGAACGCAGAUGGGCCUUGACGGGAACACCCGUUCAAAAUCGUAUGACGGACUUUGCUAGUCUCUUGGAGUUUCUCCGAGUUCAUCCGUACAAUGACCACAAGGCAUUUGAGCGCGACAUUUCGCUUCCUUGUGUGGAUGGUUGCGGAGAAGAAGGCGUCCGUAGACUGAAAACUCUCGUGGGUUGUAUAGUCUUAAGACGCCGCACGACAAUCAUCCAGCUUCCACCUCGACACGACGAGAUACGCCCUCUUGAAUUCACGCCGGAGGAGCGGGAUUUCUAUGACAAAGCAUCGUCUCCGAUCAAGAAAAUGCUAGACAAUGCGCUUGACGACUAUGAUAGCUCUGCUGAGGUAUUUCUGGGCGCAUUCCAACUCAUCAACCGCCUGCGGAAGAUCUGCAACCUCGGAGUGUCAGCUAUUCCGUCGUCCAGCACCAUAGCAUCCCCUCCGCCGGAGAAUUCCUGGGGCGUUUCUACUGCUCAAAGCGCGUUUGAAACUUUACUCAGCAUGGAUCAAGCCAAAUGUUUCAAUUGCUUGCAGGAGGUGGAAAGUUCUACAGACCUGUCCACAAGCGAAAACCUAUCAUUGCCAACAUCGCUUUCAUCACGCAUCUUCAGAUGUCUCAAGGUUCUCUGCGGGCCGUGUUAUGCCCAAUCAGGCUGCGGAAUUGCAUGCGGUGACUCCCCAGCAUGCCCAUCAGAGGCGGUUUUCACCUCUGCUUCUGCUCCGAGCACACCUCUUGCAUCAAGACCCGAACCUGGAUCACCCGUGUCGAGUAAAGUCAAAGCGCUUGUUGAGGAUGUACUUGAACAUCCUGAUGAGAAGAGUGUGAUAUUCUCGUAUUGGACGACUUCUCUUGACGCAGUCGAAUGCGCCCUCGAAGAUAACCGUGUUGGCUAUGUGCGGUUCGACGGACAAACAUCUUCGGGAAACCGUAAGGUGGCACUUCGCCGUCUUCACAAUGACCCCAGCGUGAGAGUCAUGCUAAUCACAGUCGGCUGUGGCGCAGUCGGGUUGGAUCUCACGGCCGCGUCCCGCAUCUACCUCCUCGAGCCACAGUGGAACCCGACAACAGAGGAUCAGGCAUUGGCGAGAAUUCACAGAAUGGGCCAGAAACGACCCGUCACCACCAUCCGCUUCGUCAUGAAAGACUCCUUCGAAGAGCACUUGCGCUCACUACUUGGCUAA